UUAUUUUUAUUUAUUUGGCUGCACCGGGUCUUAGUUGCCCAAUGUGGGAUCUUUGAUCGAACUCUUGAGUUGUGGUAUGCAGACUCUUAGUUGGGUCAUGUGGGAUCUCAAAAGAAGAAAUCCUAAAGUUGCAACUGGGGUCCUUGCUCAUAAAAUUGCCUGUGUCACUAAUAGAAGGCUGGAGAACCAGGAUUCCCUUCAGGUCUCUGGGGCAACAGACCAGGUGACCAAUCAACGCUCCUAGGCCUAGGCUUAUUGUUGGAGGUGUAAAUGUUGCUAUGACUACUGAAUCCUUGGUGACUAAACAGAAAUGAGAGCUUGCUCAGUCUCCUAAGACUAUAUCAAGCAAGUCUGUAGACAUGUCCACGGAAAAGAUGGGAAAAGUAGAAGAGGUACGCAGAGUUGGAAAAGGCUGCUUUGGAUGCGUUUCCCCUGGAUGAGGUUUCCAGAUGAAUUUAUCAGAAAUUGACAGUUCUUGAGAGAGGCCCUUGAUGUGACUGAAGGGUAGUAGCAGGAGUGGGAGACGCACAUAGUAGGUAUUCAAAUAUUUGUUGCAUACUAACCCCUGCAUGAAUAGGACUUUUUCCACACCUGCCCUAGGAAGUUGGCUACUCCCUUCUCUCCGAAAAGAAAGGUCUUUGUCUCCCACUGUGUUAGGGCGCUGAAGGUGGGGUACUAGAGAUCAAGGCAGAUAACAGAACUCCCUUUUCUUGCAGCAUUUUCAAAGGGCCCUGGGACUUAAGAAGAUGGUGGACAGGUGGCGAAGUUCACAGACUCACUGUCUGUGGCAGAUAACAUUAAGCCAGAGGAGAAACCCAUAUGCUAUCCUCAGGAUGCAGGACACCAUGGCACAGGAGUUGGCACUGGCCAGCAAGCAGUUGCUGAUGGUCCGUCAGGCUGCCCUGCACCAGCUGUUUGAAAAGGAGCAUGAGCAGUACCAGCAAGAACUAAAUGAGAAGGGCAAAGCUUUUUAUGUGGAGAGACUCUGAUGGCAUUCGAAACACUGUCCUUCCAUUCUCACCGCGUCUGCUAACCUAGCCUUCUUGAGCCCCACUACCUCCAACGUUGCUUCCUAAACGCACCUGGAUAUAGUUAUCUGCCCAGGGCUUAAAGCAGUCUUCCCAGGCUCACAUCUCCUGUUCUUGUCAACCCCCUGGUGCUAUCUGGAAAACAAUCUGUGAAACAAUAGUAAAAACAACAGUGACGCCUUGUGGUCAGAAUGAGGUAUGCAGUAUUGACGUGAGUGGAGGGGAAGUGGACAGAUGAACAACGUGAGCAGAGCAUCCUGAUUUGAUUUUAAUAAAUAAAGCUAGUUCUUAAAAGUUCA